AUGUUGCAUUCUUAUCAAGAAGCUGGCCAUUGGCGCCAAAUCGAGUCUAUGAUGCAUUCUUAUCAAGAAGCUGGCCAUAGGCGCCAAAUCGAGUCUAUGUUGCAUUCUUAUCAAGAAGCUGGCCAUUGGCCCCAAAUCGAGUCUAUGAUGCAUUCUUAUCAAGAAGCUGGCCAUAGGCGCCAAAUCGAGUCUAUGAUGCAUUCUUAUCAAGAAGCUGGCCAUAGGCGCCAAAUCGAGUCUAUGAUGCAUUCUUAUCAAGAAGCUGGCCAUAGGCGCCAAAUCGAGUCUAUGUUGCAUUCUUAUCAUGAAGCUGGCCAUUGGCCCCAAAUCGAGUCUAUGAUGCAUUCUUAUCAAGAAGCUGGCCAUAGGCGCCAAAUCGAGUCUAUGAUGCAUUCUUAUCAGAAAGCUGCCAUUGGCGCCAAAUCGAGUCUAUGUUGCAUUCUUAUAAAGAAGCUGGCCAUUGGCGCCAAAUCGAGUCUAUGA